AUGGCACAGGAAGCUGGCAGCAGCACGAGUGCCCCCGACCUGGCAACACUCAGGCAGUGCAGGCGGGGCCUGCAGCCCAGGGGUGGAGGCCGAGGUUUGGGAGUUCUGGGACCAGCAUCACCCCUUGGGGCCAAGGGUCUGCCCGGGGUGGGUGGUCAGUGCUCGGACUGCGAUCCACGGCCCUGGACUCUCAGGAGUGGUUCGCACACCCAGACAGCAGGGCCCCAGACUGUGACCCAGAGUUCCGACUGUGCCAUCCAGGUCGGGGCUGGAGCCGUAUUGGUGCCCAGGAGGUCUGCUGACAAAGGCCAGUGGGCGCCACCCGAGGGUGCUGACAGUGUGUCCGAAAAGCUGCUCAGGAAGAGCAAAGAGUCACCACUGGUACCUGCCGUCACUCUGCCCACAGGACUGGCGGGCUGCCUGGGGGUGGCCACAUACAGGAUCUCCAGCAAGUUGUCCAUGCACCUGAUCUACACGCGCGUGGCCGCACAGGCGUGUGCCGUGGGCGCCAUCAUGCUAGGUAAGCACUGGCCGGGGCAGGGAGGACCCUGCAGCCAGAGGCCCAUGACCCAGGGCCACAUGGGUGCCUCCUGUCCCUGCUCACCAGAAACUGUGCGGCAGUCUCAUGACAACCUGCCCAGCAGGUGAGAAAAUCACAGCGGGACAUGCGCUGAUUUCUUGUCCUCUCUGGAUUUGAGAGCAGCAGCCUCAGGAAGCUGAGGCAGGAGAAUUAUUAGUUCAAGCCUUGUUUUUUUAGGUACUGGGGAUCGAACUCAGGACCUUCCGCUUGAGAGGCAGGCGCUGGAACCACUGAGCUAAAUCCCAGGCCCUUAUUUUUUUUUAAAAAAGCAAACUGUGCUCACUUUGGCAGCACAUAUACUGAAAAAAAAGCAGACAGGUACUUGCUGGCUGUGGAAUAAUCCCAUGCACUGCCGCAGUUUCCCAGGUGCAUGGCAACAGCCACCUCCAGCCUGGGCACGAAGGCUGCCGAGGCUUCUCAGAGAAUGCUGUGCCCUGUGAACGGUCAGAUGGCCGCCGGCUGCGUGGCCAAGUGCCUGGAGCAGCUGUGGGCCCUGGGGCA